CUUCAGAGUCUGCGAUGUCGGAACGUUUAAGGUCAGCAUGCUCAGUCCCACAUCACUGCAAAUCUCUGGGUGCAGAAGCCUCUUUCUCCCCCCGCCUCCCUCGGCUGCACCCUUUCCCAGCACCGUCACAGACCCUGCUCUCCCUUUAAAGAGAGAGGAGGAGCAAAAGGAAGAUGAAUUUACCGCAGUGGAUUUUAUAAUUGACACUCGCAACCAGGUCGGAAGGGAGUGUGUACUGGCAAGACAUUGCAGAGCUGCCCGAGCCUAACACGAGUGUAAAGUAGCUCCAGGACGGAAGAAACUCCAGACCCUGCCGCUGCCAGAAGUGAAACUACUCGCCCUGCCCAGUCGCUUCGUCCCUUCCCCGCCCUCCCACCGUGUGCCAUGCAGAGAUGCAUCCAGCCGGUAGAGGACGGGGCAGGUCCCCCCGGCUGUCAGUCGGCAGGGGCUGCCCGGCUCGGGACGAGCUGAUCCCGAAAUAAGGAGUGACCCUGGCGGAGAGCAGAGCACGCAUUGCCGGGGGUGCCCAGCGCCGGCCCCGCACCGUGCCUGGAAGCAUCGCCCACUCGGCAUCUUCCUCCCUCCAGCCCCGGCGCCCGGUAAUCCCGCGCUAUCUCUCGCGGAGAACAGCCCACUCUAACUUCGGCGCCGGCGCCAGGUCUGCCCGCACGGCUGUGGGAAGGAUGGGGGUUGCAGCAUCCCCCCUCUGCCCGGGGGGCUGCCAGCCCCUUCCUCUUCCUCCUCCCACGGCCGAACCCCGCGCUGGAACUCCUCCGGCACAGCCUCUUCGCCAUGUCCUGCCCGGGGCGGAGAGCCCUCCCCGGAGCGCCUGAGCUCCGGCCGAGCCUCAGCACCGCGGACAGCGCCCGGCGCUCAGCACCGCGGACAGCGCCCGGCGCUCAGCACCGCGGACAGCGCCCCGGCGGCCCGCGCCUCUGGGCGGGAGGCUCCGCGGUGCCCGGCUCCGCGCCCGCGCCGCGCUUCGCUGCCCCGGCUUCUUGCGUCUUGCUGGCAGCCCUCUGCCCGUGGUAGCACGCCGCCCUGCCGAGAAGGACGCCGAGAGAUCCCCCCCCCGCCUCUCUCCCGGUGCCAGGAGAGGGCUUGUCUUUGGGCUCGGAGUCUGUGUAUCUUCUGCAGAUCGGGAUUUAUGAGCUUGGACGAUGCCUGGUUAUAGUGGUGUAUGAGUCUACAGACCCCGAGGUGCACUACAGAGUUAGAAAGAAACCUCGGAUCUGUCGCGCUGUGGAGGGGUAAAAUAAACCCUGUACAACCAGCAAACCCAGCCCAAGCCUUUCUGCCUCCCUGAAACCAACUUUACCCAGCCCAACCGUGAGAAUUCCCUCCUUUCCUCCUCCCUCCACGCUCCUUCCUUCAGAGACUGUAGGAUGAGGCAUUUCCUUCUAUCUGGCUCAGGGUAAAAGCAUACCCUGGGGGCAGCAACACACAUCUGGCAGGGACUGAAAGGUUUUAAUCCAGCCUCUACUGCAAUCAACAAUGGCAAAUGAACCAGUGAUUCUGAAUGUUUAUGACAUGUACUGGAUAAAUGAAUACACCUCCACCUUGGGGAUUGGUGUCUUCCACUCUGGCAUCGAGAUCUACGGCAGAGAGUUUGCCUAUGGAGGGCAUCCCUACCCUUUCAGUGGGAUUUUCGAGAUCACACCUGGCAGUGCGGUAGAACUUGGCGAGACCUUUAAAUUCAAAGAAUCCAUUGCCUUGGGCACCACAGACUUCACAGAAGAGGACGUGGAUAAGAUUAUGGAAGAGCUGGGAAAGGAGUACAAAGGAAAUGCGUACCACCUGAUGCACAAGAACUGUAAUCAUUUCUCUGCUGCUUUGGCUGAGAUACUAUGUGGGAAAGAGAUCCCCCGCUGGGUGAACCGCCUGGCCUACUUCAGCUCGUGCAUCCCCUUCCUCCAGAGCUGCCUCCCCAAGGAGUGGCUGACCCCAGCAGCCCUGCAGAGCCACAUCAGCCUUGGCCUCCACAAGGAGGAGCAAGGGGACACAACGGAUGAGGAGGCCCCCUCCACCUCCACAGCCCCCUCAGCCUCAGGCACAUCGCGAACCUGUAGACAUACCCGGGUCUAAACUGUGCCCAGUACCCCCUCAAACAACAUCCCCCUCUCUCUUGUACUAUUUCUUUCUUGCACCCUUUAGCACAUUUUGGUUUCUCUCUUCUUUUCUAUGGACAAUAGAGGGGAGGGAAGACCCUAUCUACUAAGGAGGUGAAGCUUCAGUCCCUGUUCCGAGGACUGCCACUACAGUUGCUCGGCAAAAUGACUGUGAACCCUAACGCUGAACUGAGGAGUGUGAUGACUAAACUGGAUUCUCCUCCCAGGGUCCCCAUGCUCCUCAAUCCAUGGAGAACUGCUGGCUCUCUCGGGCAUGAGAGCAUGUGUAGGGGCAGGGGGGGCACUGUACUGUGAUGUUCCUUCUCUGGAAUUGUUUUAUCUUUUUAUCUCUUCCCCCACCCAUUUGAGCCCGGCAGCCUCCUCUCUGUUUUGGCUGGGUUUGCCAUUCCCCUGUGUCAAAUCUCCUGCCCAUACCCAGUGAAGGAAACAGAGCCAGAACAGAACCUUCUCAUCUCUUAGACCAGCAACAAGCUCCACUCAGCCCCAUCCCUUUUGUAAUUAUCAGGUUUCUAACUCGUGUGAAGGACAAAUGAAAGGUGCUGCUGUUCUACAACCACCAGUUUUCAGUACUCAAAUUUAAGAGCUCGAAUGACUGUCCUGCUCUUGAAAAUAAUAACAAAGAACCUAGAAAA